GCCGGGUGUCGGCGCGCCUGGCGUGCGGGAUCCGGGUGGCUGCGGGCGGCCUGGGCUGCCCGGCCGACGCCUGCUGCGAGAUGGCGAUCUUGGGCGCGGAGGGCUGAGGAGGCGCCGCCGCGGUGGCCGCGGGCCCCGGGAGCCGCAGCUUCGCGCCGGGUUGUCUCCUCGCCAGACUAUGAGCUCCUUGACAGAAGAACUCGUAUCUUGCACAUCUUUGUAUCCUCAGUGUCUGGCACAAUUCCUGAUACACAUAGAGUCAAGGUGAAUUUUGGGACAUGGCCACUGCUUCACCGAGGUCUGACACUAGUGAUGACCACAGUGGAAGGUUACAGUUAAAGGUAACUGUUUCUAGUGCCAAACUAAAAAGAAAAAAAAACUGGUUUGGAACAGCAAUAUAUACUGAAAUCAUUGUAGAUGGAGAGAUUAAGAAAACAGCAAAAUCCAGUAGCUCUUCUAAUCCAAAAUGGGAUGAGCAACUGACUGUAAAUGUGACCCCACAGACCACCUUGGAGUUUCGAGUUUGGAGUCACCACACUUUAAAAGCAGAUGCUCUGUUAGGAAGAGCAACAGUGGACUUGAAACAAGUGCUGUUAACACACAACAGGAAAUUAGAAAAAGUGAAAGAACUAUUAAAACUUUCCUUGGAAAACAAGAAUGGCAUAGUGCAAACUGGUGAAUUGACAGUUGUGCUUGAUGGAUUAGUGAUUGAACAAGAAAAUCUAACAAACCACAACUCUUCUCCAACCACAGAAAUACAACAGAAUGGUGAUGCCUUACAUGAAGAUGGAGACUCUUCAACACGGGCCACAACCGGGUUGGCUGUUGAAGGUACUAUUGGAAUAAAUAAUCAUGUACCAACAAAUACUGUUGUUCCCAACUCAUGCUGUUCACAUGUAGUUAAUGGAGAAAACACACCUUCAUCCCCGUCUCAGGUUGCUGCCAGACCCAAAAAUACUCCAGCUCCAAAACCACUCACAUCUGAGUCCACCAGUGACACAGUAAAUGGAGAAUCAUCUUCAUCUGUCCUAGUUGAUAAUACUUCCACCAUGGGUACUCCACUACCAUCUGAAGAAACCACCUCGACUUCUAAUUGCACUAGCACCACCAUCCAAGAGCCUCCUGUCCAAGAACCCCCAGCAUCCUCAGAACACAGUGAAUGUAUUCCCUCUACCAGUGCCGAAGUGGGACCAGAAGCUCGGAGCCUCAUAGACCCUGACUCUGAUUCCAGAAAUAACUCUGCUUUUGACAAAUUAAGGCAGCCAGAAGGGUUUGCGGAACCUCUGUGGCCACGGUCUAGAAAUGCCCACACAGAGUCUCUGCCAUCAGGGUGGGAACAGAGAAAAGAUCCUCAUGGUAGAACCUAUUAUGUGGAUCAUAAUACUAGAACUACCACAUGGGAAAGACCACAGCCUUUGCCUCCAGGUUGGGAAAGAAGAGUUGAUGAUCGUGGAAGAGUUUAUUAUGUGGAUCAUAACACCAGAACAACAACUUGGCAGCGACCUACCAUGGAAUCUGUUCGAAAUUUUGAACAGUGGCAAUCUCAGCGGAAUCAAUUGCAGGGAGCUAUGCAACAAUUCAACCAACGAUACCUCUAUUCGGCUUCAAUGUUAGCUGCAGAAAAUGAUCCAUAUGGACCUUUACCACCAGGCUGGGAAAAAAGAGUGGAUUCAACAGACAGAGUUUACUUUGUGAAUCAUAAUACAAAAACAACCCAAUGGGAAGACCCAAGAACUCAAGGCUUACCAAAUGAAGAACCCCUGCCAGAAGGCUGGGAAAUCAGGUAUACGCGGGAAGGUGUUAGGUACUUUGUUGAUCAUAACACAAGAACAACAACAUUCAAAGAUCCUCGCAAUGGGAAGUCAUCCGUAACUAAAGGUGGUCCACAGAUUGCUUAUGAACGCAGCUUUAAGUGGAAACUUGCCCACUUCCGUUACUUGUGCCAGUCUAAUGCACUACCCAGUCACGUAAAGAUCAAUGUGUCCCGACAGACUUUAUUUGAAGAUUCCUUCCAACAGAUUAUGGCAUUAAAACCGUAUGACUUAAGGAGGCGAUUAUAUGUAAUAUUUAGAGGAGAAGAAGGCCUUGAUUAUGGUGGCCUUGCAAGAGAAUGGUUUUUCUUGCUUUCCCAUGAAGUUUUGAACCCAAUGUAUUGCUUAUUUGAGUAUGCAGGCAAGAAUAACUAUUGUUUACAGAUAAAUCCAGCAUCAACCAUAAAUCCUGAUCAUCUUUCAUACUUCUGUUUUAUUGGUCGCUUUAUUGCAAUGGCACUAUUCCAUGGAAAGUUUAUUGAUACUGGCUUCUCUUUACCAUUCUACAAGCGUAUGCUAAGUAAAAAACUUACUAUUAAGGAUUUGGAAUCUAUUGACACUGAGUUUUAUAACUCCCUUAUCUGGAUAAGAGACAACAACAUUGAAGAAUGUGGCUUAGAAAUGUAUUUUUCUGUUGACAUGGAGAUUCUAGGGAAAGUUACUUCACAUGAUCUGAAAUUGGGAGGUUCCAAUAUCCUAGUGACUGAAGAAAACAAAGAUGAAUAUAUUGGUUUAAUGACAGAAUGGCGUUUUUCUCGAGGAGUACAAGAACAGACCAAAGCUUUCCUUGAUGGGUUUAAUGAAGUUGUUCCCCUUCAGUGGCUACAGUACUUUGAUGAAAAAGAAUUGGAGGUUAUGCUGUGUGGCAUGCAAGAGGUUGACUUGGCAGACUGGCAGAGAAACACUGUUUACCGACAUUAUACAAGAAACAGCAAGCAAAUUAUUUGGUUUUGGCAGUUUGUGAAAGAGACUGAUAAUGAAGUAAGAAUGCGACUCUUGCAGUUUGUCACUGGAACCUGCCGUUUACCUCUAGGAGGAUUUGCUGAGCUGAUGGGAAGUAAUGGGCCUCAAAAGUUUUGUAUUGAAAAAGUUGGCAAAGACACCUGGUUACCAAGAAGCCAUACAUGUUUUAAUCGCUUGGAUCUACCACCAUAUAAGAGUUAUGAACAACUAAAGGAAAAACUUCUUUUUGCAAUAGAAGAGACAGAGGGAUUUGGACAAGAAUGAAUGUGGCUUCUUGUCUUGGAGGAGCUCUUGCAUUUAAAUACCCCAGCCAAGAAAAAUUGCACAGAUAGUGUAUAUAAGCUGUUCAUUCUGUACAGUUAAUUUUCUGAAUCUCUCAAAGUAUCAAUGUUUUCCGUUCUUCCACAGAAAUAUGCAAAACAUUUCAUCAUUUUCUACUUUAUUUAUUGUUCCCUUGAAAUGACUGACCAGGAAAAAGAUCAUUCUUAAAUUUUGAAGCAAGAGAAUUUAUUAAGAAGUAUAUAUCUAUAUAAGCAUAUGACAGUGGCUCUAGUUUUAUAGAGCACCAGGUGUACUAAACUUGGCAGCCAUUCACUCAAAAAGCUCUGAAUUUGCUUUGCCUUGUUUCUGUUAUCCAGGGGAAAAGUGCAAAUGUUCCAUGUUCUUCUCCCUAGGUGACAUCUGGUUGUGUUUAGUUGCAUGACUGUUCAGGAAGGUAUGUAGGGAUUAGGCCAAGUCUUUAAGUGUAUUUUCAAAAUGCUGCUGGCUUUUCUGAAGACAAGUACUUCAACUUACCGAGUUCUAAAUAAAUAGAUAAAAAUUUCCCAUCAUCGUUAUAUCAGUAAACACAGAAGAAAUGUAAUAGAUCCAGUAGUGUCUAGGAGCAGCUGGAAUUGAUUUGGUGAGCAGCAGAGGUCUAUUUACAUGUUACUUUGGGAUGCUGGAUAUUUGUGGAAUUUCAAAGAAUCAGGCAUUUCUGUACUUAACAUUUUUAAACUUGUAAUGUGCUUCAAAUUUAAUUAAUAAUAAAUUGAUAGUUUAAUACUUAGGGAUAUAUAAAGGUACUGAACUUUGAUGCUUUUGUGCUCAAGGUUUAGUUUUAUGAAAUUAGGAUGUAAUUAAACUAAAUGGAUCAAAAAGCUGCAUAAGUAUUUAAAUAUUCACAAUAAGAAUUUUCUAUUAGUGUCUAAAUAUCCCCCUUCCUUUAAAAUUCAUGAAACUUGUUUCCAAAUUCAGUAGGUACAUUAAAAAAAUCCUUCGUGCCCAUUUUAUAUAGUUCAAGUUGUCUCCAAAUAACACUGAUUUUCAUUAUGAGGGCAUUCAUGGUGUAUAGAAAAAAUUAAAAUCUAAUAUAAAUGAUAUUGCUACUUUUAGCAAACUGGGCUUCCUAAUUAAUAUAAAAAUAUUUUCCAUUUUUAUCCUUUCAAUAUGCACUUCGAAGUUCAUUAACUUAAAAUUUUGUAACUAUGAAGUUCACUUAGAAUUACAACUUCUACUCACUAGUUUAGUUUUGCCAAGAUUUUAUUUUUCUACAUAUUUAGAUUAUGUUCUUCAGUUUUAUUCAAAAUUCAAAAAGAAAAAAAUAAAACCAGUAAUUUUCUUAGUUGAUAAACUACAGAAAAUCUGGUUAUUUUCAAGCUUAAAGAAUUUUUUUUAAUCCUAAUAUAUGACAAGUUAUAUAGUAGAGGUUGGCCAUUCUUAAAGUAUGCAUAAAUUAUUCUGUAAAAUAAUAAACUUGCUAUGAUCGAAAGUAUUGGCUUUCAUUCAGUGGAAGUAUUUGAGACUAUCAUUUUGCAGACAUGGUUCAAGGUGGCUUUCAGGUGGGAUUUCAGGGAGCUGGUCCUUUUUGUUACUUCACACUGGUAACAGCCCAUAAGACCAAUCCAGUUUUCUGGUGAAGACUAGUUUGCAGACCUCAUCAGGCCUGUCAAUCUUUCGUAUGCAGUUAUAUUUUUAAGACAUAUAGACUUCUCUUAUCUUCUCAGUAGUGGACAUAAAAAUCAAAGAGAUGUGGUUCACUUCCUGUCUUCUCUCCUUCCCAUCCCUAUUCUGAACUGGACCCACUACACAGUCAUAACAAAAUGGGAGAUGUGGGAGACUCAGAGAUGGGCUAAUAAUACAUUAUAAUAGUGAUGGUUCCCAAUAUCACCAAUAAAUUGAGCCAAGGGAAUGGGUCAUAGGCUUAAAACAAUUUUACCACUCAACUCGGCCAGCUAUCUUUGGGGAAAGAAACUGCUAUUUGGUUUUUUGUUUUGUCCUUGCCUUUUUUUUUUCUUUUCUGUACUUUCUAGGCAGUUGAAAAUGAAAAUGUAACUAUUUCCUCCAGCUGACUUCACCCAGUUCUCCUGAAAACUAAAUAAGGUGUCGUAUAUCUACUCAAUUCCCAGACAACCUUGCUUUUGUUUGGGGUUGCAAAGACCCUAAGAGUAAGCUGCUUCUGAACUGAGAAAGCUCCUGAUAUAUACUAGGGAGCGGUAAUGGAGUUUCCCUGAAUCUGAAAACUCUUACAAUUGUAUGCCCUGAGCUGUCUCUUUAGGAGACUCUGGUUCUUGGAGAACCAUGUAGAUGCUCCUGCUACAUUAUUGCUACAUGUUCAUUUUCUGGAACCAGGCCUAACCUUGCCCUGUGGCUAGUCAUGUUUCCUGCACUACAGUAUUCUCAGUAAGCUGAGGCCAAACAAAUGUAGUUUAUUGUAGGCUUAUUGUGUCCUAACAUUUAAACAUUAACAUAAUCUAGUAAACAAUGAAGAAGCAAAACAAAUCAGUUAUUGAAAUGCGAAAUAAAAGUUCUCCUGUAACAUGCCCUACUUCUUAAUCUGUUGAACAUAGAGAUCACGUUUAAUGUCACCUGGGAAUUUGACAUAAAUCUAAAAUUGCUAUGUCCUAAAUUCUAAAAGCUCUACUCCAAAAUUCAACCAAGGAGAAUGCAACUAAAGUGAUGAUAGUAUUUCUUUUUAAAGUAGUAAUUCUAUGUUUUUCUCAUGAACUAUUUAUUCUCUUGGUCCUUGUGGUUAACUUGGCGUUUUUUUUUUUUUCAGUAUACCUUUUUAAAAAUGAGACAAAUCUGACAAGCUAUGUUGUAGCAUCCAUUGCCUGUUGAUGGUUCACACUGGGAGUAUUUUGUUAUCAAGAAGUGACUACAGGUUCACUGCCGAAUAUGAGGGGAAAGGGGACAACAAAAUAACCAAAAAGACCUCCAGCUUUUCCCUGGUGUGCUCAAAGGCCUAUGCUCCCCUAGCCACUGCACUACCAAUAAACAAAUCCAAAUUCAGGUUUUAUACAGUCCUCAAAGGUAGGAGACACAGUUAAGGAGAGGAAAUCACCCACUGCUAUGUCUGUAGUAUGUUAGCAUAUAGAAUACAACAAACUAUGUGCAUGGGGAAAUUAACCUUCUCAAACAAAGUGAGGUCUGGAAUGCACACGGAGUCAGAUGGGAAUUUUACAGGAAAGAGAGAUAAUGGCAUUAAAGGGUGUAUUCUCUGAGUAGUAGUCUCACCCUUGGGCCCACAUCAAGAACGAAGGUAAAAUCUUAUGAAUAAGGCUCCUGAAAGUAAAAACAAGGACUUAGAAAAUACAUAGAAUCUUGUGUCUUCCUGGUCAUUUAUCCCAUGUAGGAAAACAAAUAUAUAAAAAAAAAAAAAAAAAA